AUGUGUGAAGAUGUCAGCCACAGCAUGUUUGAGAAUUCAAACGCUGCUUCCCCAUCAAAGCUGCUGCCUACCAAAUCUGUCUCCCAGCAAUCCAGAUCAUCCUCGGGUAGGAGUCUGCGAGAGCAGCCGACCGCUUUGGGCAGUGGCCAGCACCUCAAGAACCUCAGCAAAGUGGUUGGUGCCAAAGUCAACGACUUCCUGCGCAGGAAAGAGCUCGCCAACCACAGCAGCUUCGGGGUGACAGAAGUCAACGAGUGCGCAGGGGCGGGUCUCUCGCACAAAGGAGAUGAUGCUUUGCUGGGAGGCCAGGACCAGGCAGUAGGGCAGUCAUCAAUCGAGGCCAUCCCCCGGCUUGACCCACCACCGCUGAUUACCAAAAAGCGCACACCCAGAGCUCUGAAAACCACUCAAGACAUGCUGAUGGUUUCCCCUUCGCUAGCGGAUAAUGUAGAAGCUUGCUUUCCAGAGGAAAUCCAGGAACGCACCUGCCAGCCAGCCAGGGCACAAGAAGGGGGAGAGGGGCGGAGCGAGAUCCGUUCGCCAGCAGAGGAGGGGCACGGAGGCAGUCCCAGCAGGCCCUUUUGUGUCCCUGACCUCAUUCAUAAAGAGAACCCAGAGCCCGGGCGGAACAGCGCUUUCCAGAUAGCCCCUCCUACUUGCCCAGAGAACUUGGCACUCAGCCUCAGCUUGACCCUUGGCAAGUGCCUUCCGGAGUACCGCUUGCCAAGCAGCAUGGAUCCCUCCACGCCAAGGAGGACAUCCACACUGGAAAGCGAAGGCCACAGCCCAGACUUGCUCUCCUUUGAGUAG